AUGCUAUGUAGCCUAGAUUUUUGCUACGCGUACAUCGAUGACAUCCUUGAGGCCUCAUACAGCGAGGAACAACACCACGGCCACCUAAAGCAGCUGUUACAGUGCCUGCAGCAGUACGGCAUCGGUCAAUUCUGCCAAUUGCGUUUUCGGACAGCCGGAGGUCAAAUUCCUCGGUUAUGCGUGACGAGCAACAGCAUACGUCCAACUUCCCGGAAAAACGAAGCCAUCAGCAAACGCAGAAGGACGCAAGCACCAAUGAACGAGCUUCUAAAGAGAAAGAUCAAAGGCAACCAGUCGGGCAGCUGGACCGAUGCAGCAACGGCGUCUUUGGUGAAGACCAUGACCGACCUCGAGCAAUCCACGCUCCUCGCACAUCGGGAAGAAAACGCACAGCUUACGUUGGCUUGCGACGCCUCAGACUCAGUCCUGCAGCAGCGAAUAGACGAUCAUUGGGAGCCAUUGGGAUUCUUGUCAAAGAUACUAAGCCCGAUGCAAGCCCGUUACAGCGCCUUCGACCGCGAACAAAUCGCUAUCUACCUGGCGAUCAUACAUUUCUGCUACAUCUUAGAAGCUCGAGCGUUCGUAGUGUACACAGACCAUAAGACACUGAUUUUUACUUUUAAGAAAAAACCAAGCAUCACCGAGGCAGGCCCGACACCAAGACUUCAUCAGCCAAUACUAUUAUGCACCAAAGCAGUGAUUACGCCGAUCGACUACAGCGAGCUGGCAGACGCACAACGAGGCGACGCCGAGAUCCAAAAUAUCAAGUCGACAGAUCACGGCCUCCAACUUAAGCUGGUGCAGAUUCCAGGGACCGACGCCGAAAUCCUGUGCGAUGUGUCAACGAACUCUGCGCGACUCUUCAUCACGGUGACUUUCCGUAGAGCAGCAUUCGACGCAGUGCACAAUCUCGCUCAUCGAGGUGUUAAAGCCGCCGUCAAGCUCAUGACACCACGCUACGUGUGGCCGUCCAUCAAGGCGGACCAUUUCACGCCACUAUCUGCGAGAUUCCAGCACGUGCACAUCGACAUCAUCAUUCUGCCACCAUCUGAAGGUCAGAAAUACUGUCUCACGUGCGUGAAUCGUUACACGCGCUGGCCAGAAGCUUUUCCGAUACCAGACCAGGAAGAUUUACGUCUAGAUCAACUUAAAAAUUUGAUAGCAAUUGCUACACUCAAAAAUUUUAGGACAGCUGCUGGUGUCCUGGUCUAA